AUGCAAUACACGGCUCCUCUGGCGCAAACACUCCCCUUCUUCCCUUCUGUCCUCAAGACUCUCUCACACCCGACUUCAUCGACUAGGCCGCUCGUCUACUCAUAUCUACUGCACCAUGCCGAAGCAGACCCGGAUACCGCUCUCCUGUCCAUCAACACGAUCCAAAAAUCGCUCUCGGAUACCAGCCCUCGGGUACGUGCCAUGGCAUUGAAGACCAUGGCUGGUGUGCGAAUUCCGCUCAUCAGCCAAAUUGUCUCGCUCGCCAUUAAGAAAGGAACCGCCGACAUGAGUCCUAUCGUUCGCAAGGCUGCUGCUUUUGCAUGCGUCAAGUGCGUCAAGCUGGACCCUGCAACUCUUCCUCAGGUCACUGAAUACCUCUCCAACUUGCUUGGUGACAAACAAUACUUUGUCGCCGGCGCUGCAGUUGCCGCUUUCAGCCAAGUUUGCCCGGAACGUUUGGAUCUGAUCCACCCACAUUACAGAAGCCUUGUCAAGAAGUUGGUCGACAUGGACGAAUGGGGUCAAGUCUCGACCAUGCAGCUGAUGACAGUCUAUGCGCGAAGAUGCUUCCCUAGAAGAACUCGACGUGUGCGCAAGGCCAAUACUCAAGCCGAAAAGCAGAAGGGCUUCUACGAUGACGACGACGCUGAAGAACAGGAAGCCGAAUACGAAGACGUCCCCUUUCUGGAUCCCGAUCUUGACCUGCUCCUUACUUCCGCACUACCACUUCUACAAUCGCGUACCUCGGCCGUCGUUAUCGCCGUCACGAGAGCUUACCUAUAUCUCGCCCCUGAACAGUAUCUGCACCACGCCAUCGGUCCUCUUACUGCCCUUCUCCGCGGNCCCCCUGACAUCAACCAGAUCGGACUUCACAACAUUGUUCAAAUCUGUCUUCUCUAUCCACAACACUUCGUCCCGCACUUCCGCCACUUCCUCCUCAGAUCCGGCGAGGGUGAGCAAACAUGGCGCCUCAAACUUGAGGUCCUGACUCUUGUUUUCCCUCAUUGCGUCACUGAUGUGCAAGGCCUUAUCCUCACCGAACUCGAACACUUUUCACAAGGUCAUGACCCCGCUCUGGUUCGCGAAUCGGUACGAGCAAUCGGUCGUUGCGCUCACAACUCGGAUGCCACUACUGGCUCACGCUGCUUGCGCCUACUACUUCGUCAAAUUCACAGUCCGGAUCAGCAUCUCGUCGCCGAGGCUCUCGAAGUCAUUCGACACAUGAUCCAGCGCGAUCCACUCUCACAUAUAAAAACUAUUGUUCGCCUGGCGAAAAACCUCGAUACCUUAACUAGUCCUGCUGCACGUGCCAGUAUCAUCUGGUUAGUCGGUGAAUUCGCUGGUUACUCUACUGAUCAAAGCAUUGCACCCGACGUUCUGCGCAUCCUUGUACGUGGAUACCCCGACGAGCAUGAUCUGGUCAGACAGCAGAUUGUGCUAUUAGCCGCAAAGGUAUACUUGCAUUGGUUGAACGCAGAGAAUGUGACGAAAAGGAAGGCAACCCCUCCUGCGCUAGAGCGUCAGUCCAGCUCGACUGUUCUCGCUCCUGAUGAGGAAGAGGAUGGCGCGGGAUUCAGAGACCAUGGAUUCAACGACGAGCAAUUGUCGAACCUCGAGUCGCAGGAAGACAAGUCCCAUCCGAUAUCGUUGCUGUACCAUCAUACUCUGCUACUGGCUCGCUACACGCCAUCAUACGAUCUUCGUGACCGCGCCCGCAUGUUCCGCGCCUUGCUGGCCGUACCUUCGAGCACCGAGCUUGCUUCGCUCCUCCUGCUCGCGCCAAAGCCAGUGCCGCAAGCACCCAGUCCAAGUGAGAGUCGAAAGGGGUAUGUGCUCGGCAGCGCGAGUCUAGUGAUUGGCGAAGAGAGCGGCGUGAACGGGCUUAGUGGCUACACACCUCUGCCUGACUGGGUUCAGGAUGGACACGAACCAGAUGCUAAGCUCAGAAAUGUCGAGAUGGAAGCAAAGACCGAGUAUAGAGCAAGUGGAUCAACAGUGCCGGCGGGCAGGAUGCUCGAUGAUGCACUUAAGGGAUCUGCGCCUAUCGUUUACAAGUCAAAGUCUGGCGCGCCUGCCAAAGAGAAGACAUUGGAUGACUGGCUCGACGAAGAAGAAGAUGAAGAAACAUCGGAAGAAGAGACCGUUGAGUCCGGGGACGAAGACGAAGAGGAGACUGACGAGGAGGAGCAAGAGACGGACGAUGAAGACGAUUCAGAAGACUCAUUGGACGAGGAAGAGAGCGAGAGCGAUGAUGGCGACGAACAAAGGCGACUUGUUGGUUAG